UGAAUCGGCUGCGCUUUUCUGUCGCAAGAGGUGCAGAGGUCCUCCUGCGGCUACAAUGAGGCUGUGAUUAUGAAAAAGAGAAAAAGGGGGAGAAGAAAAUCUCCAUGGGAGGAGUCUGCCGUGACGCGUCUCAAUUCAGCCUGCAGCAGAAAAAUCUUCAGUGUGCACAGAGGUCUCCAGAUGAGCCGAGCCGCUGCUUCUUCUUCUUCUUCAUCUGCUGCGCCCUUGUCCUUUCUGUUCGCUCGAAAAUAAUGCAUGCAGAAUGGAGGGGCACAUAGCACGGGCUCUGCCGCAAGCUCGCUCGUUCCGUGGAUGAAUCGCCACUUCGCCCAGGCAGCUGAUGCCCGCAGCCCGCUGGAGCCCUGCGCGGAGGUGCCCUCGUUUUCCGUAGUGGACUUUCUCGGCUGUCACCUUUUCCAUUUCUCUGAAGCAGGUGACUCCCUCCAGCCCCGGCUGGCCAGACACACUUCUGGCCUUCUUGCUCUUCUUCGGCUUUUCUCGUCUUGAAUGUCGAAGCUGCCCCUUGUGCUGCCAAUCCCAGGGCGCCUUUCAUAAAGGCAAAGAAAAAAAAGGGGGAAGAAGGAAAAGGAGGUCGUCUCGAUAGCGCCGCUCAUUCUGAAGGGAAGGCAGGAGAUCGAACUGCUCUCCCGCUUCGACUGCCCCUCGGCUCUCCGGACCCUCCUUCAGCACUUCGCGAAAUACCCCGCAGACUCCCCGGCAACAUGUCCUCGCAGGCCAAAUUCAAAAAGGACAAGGAGAUCAUCACCGACUACGAGACGCAAGUGAAAGAGAUUCGUAUCCAGCUGGUGGAGCAGUUCAAAUGCCUUGAGCAGCAGUCGGAAUCUCGGAUCCAGCUGCUGCAGGACCUCCAGGAGUUCUUCCGCAGGAAGGCUGAGAUUGAGCUGGAAUAUGCCAGGAGUCUGGAGAAGCUGUCAGAGAGGUUCUCUUCCAAGAUCCGCAGCUCCAGAGAACACCAGCAGUUUAAGAAAGACCAACACCUCCUGUCUCCGGUGAACUGCUGGUACCUGAUUUUGAACCAGACGCGGCGAGAGAGCCGGGACCACGCCACGCUCAAUGACAUCUACGUGAACAACGUGACGGUGCGGCUGUCACAGAUCAGCGAGGACAUCAUCAGGCUCUUCAAGAAGAGCAAAGAAAUUGGACUGCAGAUGCACGAGGAGCUGCAGAAGGUCACCAACGAGCUCUACACGGUGAUGAAGACGUAUCACAUGUACCACACGGAGAGCAUCAGCGCCGAGAGCAAACUGAAGGAGGCUGAGAAGCAAGAAGAGAAGCAGUUCAGCAAAUCGGACCUCAACGUGAACCUGCUGCGGCACGAAGAGCGGCCACAGCGACGUAGCACUGUCAAGAAGAUCGAGAAGAUGAAGGAGAAGAGACAAGCCAAGUAUUCAGAAAACAAGCUGAAGUGCACCAAAGCGAGAAAUGACUACCUGCUGAACCUCGCAGCGACGAACGCAGUUGUGGCCAAAUACUACAUCCAUGAUGUCUCUGACAUGAUUGACUGCUUUGAUCUGGGGUACCAUGCCAGCCUUGCCAGGACAUUCAGGACUUACUUAUCAGCAGAGUACAAUUUGGAGACCUCGCGGCACGAGGGCCUGGACAUCAUUGAGAAUGCUGUGGACAAUCUGGAUGCCCGCAGUGACAAACACAAGGUCAUGGACAUGCACAAUCAGGUCUUCUGUCCACCAAUGAGGUUUGAGUAUCAGCCUCAUAUGGGAGACGAGGUCUGCCAGGUGAGUGCCCAGCAGCCAGUUCAGACUGAACUUCUCAUGAGAUACCAUCAGCUGCAGUCCCGACUGGCCACCCUGAAAAUAGAGAACGAGGAGGUGCGGAAGACCCUGGAUGCCACGAUGCAAACACUACAGGACAUGCUGACCGUGGAAGACUUUGAUGUCUCGGACGCCUUCCAGCACAGCCGCUCCACCGAAUCGGUCAAGUCUGCUGCGUCAGAGACGUACAUGAGCAAGCUGAACAUCGCCAAGAGGAGGGCCAACCAGCAGGAAACGGAGAUGUUCUACUUCACGAAAUUUAAAGAGUUCCUCAAUGGCAGUAACCUCAUCACCAAACUGCAGGCUAAGCACGACCUGCUAAAGCAGGCCCUAGGAGAAGGAGAAAGAGCAGAAUGUGGAACGACGAGGCCUCCUACUCUUCCUCCUAAGCCACAGAAAAUGAGGAAGCCUAGGCCUCGAUCGGUCUAUAAUCAUAAACUGUUUAACGGCAAUAUGGAAACCUUCAUCAAGGACUCUGGCCAAGCCAUACCUCUCGUGGUGGAAAGCUGCAUCAGAUACAUCAACCUGUAUGGUCUUCAACAGCAGGGCAUUUUCAGAGUUCCUGGGUCUCAAGUCGAAGUCAACGACAUUAAAAAUUCAUUUGAGAGAGGUGAAGACCCACUGACCGAUGACCAGAGUGACCAUGACAUUAAUUCUGUGGCUGGGGUCUUGAAGCUUUACUUCAGGGGACUAGAAAAUCCACUUUUUCCUAAGGAGAAAUUCCUGGAUUUCAUUUCCACCAUCAAGCUUGAAUCGCCCGCCGAGCGAGUGCACCACGUCCAGCAGAUGAUCGUCACUCUUCCUCGAAGUGUCAUCAUCGUGAUGCGCUAUCUGUUCGCCUUCCUCAACCAUUUAUCACAGUACAGUGAUGAAAAUAUGAUGGAUCCUUACAACCUGGCAAUUUGCUUUGGCCCCACAUUGAUGCCAAUACCGGAUGGCCAGGACCCUGUAGCCUGCCAGGCUCACGUCAACGAGGUCAUAAAGACGAUCAUCAUCCAUCAUGAGAGUAUCUUCCCCAGCCACCGAGAGCUAGAUGGGCCCGUGUACGAGAAGUGCAUGACCGGAGGAGAGGAAUACUGUGACAGUCCUCAUAGUGAACCUGGCACAAUCGAUGAAGUGGACCAUGACAAUGGGACGGAGCCGCACACCAGUGAUGACGAGGUGGAGCAGAUUGAAGCGAUUGCCAAGUUUGAUUACAUCGGGCGGUCGCCCCGGGAACUCUCCUUCAAGAAGGGCGCGUCACUGCUGCUCUACCACCGAGCGUCUGAAGACUGGUGGGAAGGACGUCACAAUGGCGUCGACGGGCUGAUCCCUCAUCAGUACAUCGUGGUGCAGGACAUGGACGACGCCUUCUCCGACAGCCUGAGCCAGAAGGCGGACAGCGAGGCGAGCAGCGGCCCUCUCCUGGACGACAAGGCCUCGUCGAAGAAUGACAUCCAGUCGCCCUGCGAGCACCUGGCGGAGUACAGCUUCAGUGGUGUCAUGGGCAGGGUCCGCUUGCGGUCAGACGGGGCUGCCAUUCCACGUCGUAGAAGUGGCGCAGACAACAACAGCCCACCGAGAGGGACCGCGCCAGCCCUGGACACGCCUCCGAGAGCAGCAGCCUGUCCCAGUAGCCCUCACAAAAUGUCUGUGAACCGAGGCAGAAUGGACAGCCCGGAAAAGCGCAGAAUGGCGAUGUUUGGCAGUGCCGGCAGCAUCAACUAUUCGGAAAGGAGACCCCUGGCAGAUGGCCACCCGCUGAGGCAGACCCCUGGCUCCACCAGACAUAGUAGCCUGGGGGACCACAAAUCGCUGGAAGCCGAAGCCCUGGCAGAGGACAUUGAGAAGACGAUGAGCACCGCACUGAAUGAGUUACGUGAACUGGAGCGACAGAACACCGUGAAGCAGGCGCCCGAUGUCGUGCUGGACACCCUGGAGCCCCUGAAGAACCCUGGCAUGGGCUCUGUGAACUCGGAGCCGGCAAGCCCCCUGCACACCAUCAUGAUUCGGGAUCCGGACGCCGCCAUGAGGCGCAGUGCCAGCUCCACCACAGAGAUGAUGACCACCUUCAAGCCCGCCCUGUCAGCCCGAAUGGCGGGCGCCCAGCUGAGGCCCCCUCCCAUGAGGCCUGCCCGGCCGGUGGUCCAGCACCGCUCCAGCAGCAGCAGCAGCUCUGGGAUGGGCAGCCCGGCUGUGACCCCUACGGAAAAAAUCUUUCCAAACAGCUCAUCGGAUAAGUCUGGCACAAUGUGAUGGGUGGGCAAAAGACGGUGAGAGCAAUCCUGAGGGAUCACAGUGGGCCGUGGGAUGGAACCUGGGUGCUUGUUUGAAGAGGCCGAGCGAUGCACCCUGGCACUAACGUGAGCAAACUCUUCUGUGCUCCCAAAAAAAUAAAUAAAUAAAUACAUGCUCGAGUGGAAGCGCCGUCUCCAUGCCAGUCUACUCGUAGUCUGGUGGUCUGGCUCGGGGGCCCCUUCACAGGAAAGCUGGCGAGGCGCAUGUGUCACCAGGAGGUGUUGAACUGAACUCCUACUGCGCCCUUUGUCUUCAGAUCUGAACUGGACUGACUGGGAGUCGGAGCACUAAUCUGAAAUGUGCAAACAGACCCUCAGUCGGCGGUCCGUCCUGCACCACUGGACAAACGGGGACGCGAGGAUGGAGGGAGGCAGGCAGGCACCGUCCACAGGCCUGCACGCUACUGCAAAGGCCACUUGGGCCGAGGCUUCGGGCAGGUCAGCAGCAUGACACGCAGACUCUGCUUGGGGGGAACAAAUGGAACAAAGGGGACAGGCACACACUGCGAGGGGCUCUACGCUGUGUAUACUGUAUGUGCCCUGUAUGGACUCGUACCGUGUGUGUGUGCGAUGGAGAUAUCGAUGAAUACACAGCAGGUAUGGAACACACACACACAGCAGCGGUCACAAGUGGCGCUGCUUGUACCCAAAGGGUCCCCGAGGUGACGUCGGGGCUGAUGAGGGAAGCUGCGAUUUUGUGAAGACCUGCAGCAGCUCUCGAGGCGUCCCCCGGUGUCCCUGUGAAUUACCGGCGUGUGCGCUGCGUCUGUAUGUAACGGAAUGUCGAAACACACACACACACACAGCCCGCUAGAGCAUGUUUGUAUGUACCCAACACGUCCCACUGUCACUUGUGUGUAUACGGUACAUGGAUGGAUAGACGGUAAGUUUUUUUAUUUAUUGGAAAGACAAGAAUUGGGAGAGACCCUGAGGGGCUGGGAACCCACCGGGUUUAAUACAAAGCAAAGUGACAAAAUGACAAGCACAGAUGUCUCGUGUCCCCUGCCAACUCUCACUGACUUUCUCAGCUGUCACCUUCAGUCUCCAUCCUUGUAGCAGAACGUCGACUGCCAGUGCCAGCAUUCCUUAAAUGCCACCAGCGAGGACCCCUGGGUGAAACUGGAGGUGAAGUCCUCUGGUCAGUGAGUUAGAGAGAAGCUGGCAUUAGUGACGUGGGCACUGGGAGAGGCUCCAUAGACGCUCCCUAUGUGCACACACGUAGAGGACAGAGAGUUGGGGUCUCGACUGAACAAUCGGAGGUAAAAUAAAUGAAACCGGUGACAGUCACCACAUUGCCAUUGUUCUCUCAAGGAUGAGAGUGCCAGUGCCAAUGCCAGGGCCAGAAGGGGGGGGGGGGGGGGCUUGCAGAGCUAUGAUGGGAGUGGCAUGACACAUCCUCUGUGGGGUCUUCUCCAGUCUCCGUGGUCUCAGUGUUUCCCUGUACAGUAUGUAUUCUAUUGUAUUCUAUUCCAUACACACACAACUCGGAGGACACGUACUGACACAGCGUGUCUGAGCAGAAGCACACGCCGGGUGGGCAUGGCGAGAGCAGACCCCCGGGCCGACUUGGAGUGCGCAUGUGGCAGCGCCGUAGUGUGUGAGUGUGCAGUAUGCGCCUGUCUUUAAAGCACUUGGCUUUGUUCUAAUGCUGUUAUGUCACAAGCGUCCCCCAAUAGGCCGAUCUGUACACAGGGGGCUGCUUGUGCCCGCGGCUUUCCUCCUUUUUUCUUUUAUUUCUUGAUGUAUGACUGGCACAUGCCCACGCUGCUCUUUCUUCUUUUUGCACUGGCUGACUAUUUCUUGCUUUUCUCUAAAGUGGCAUCAGGUGAGCGUCUCAGGUCAGUUUGCCCAGUUCUCCAUGCCCAGUUCCAGGAUGGCACUCUUUUUAAAGAACUCUGAAUGAGAUGUGGGACACCGCAACUAACCUGACAAGCUUGAUGGGCCGGGCACUGUGCCAUGCUCUUGUGUUGGGUGGCACCCACGCGCUUCCCAGAGCAGCACCAGCUACUUCACUUUCCCUGGCAGGACCAGUUGGUUGUCGAGUGGUGGGGUCUGCUUAUUCGCCUUGGCAGGCCAGAGAUGGCAGACGAAUGGAAAGGACAAGUCGCACUUGAUGGCUUCUGUGAGGGAGGGCUACUCGCCCCACAGGUCUGUUGGUGGUCUGGGAGGCGGGGUCAGAGGGCACUAGCAGAAGGAAGUUGUGACGUCGCACUGACCUUUCACCUGUACGGUCAACUGUCUAAAAAACGGCAGCUCGCUGGCCAUUGGGUGAGGCGGUGAACAUUCGCUACGCUUUCAUGAGAAACGCGCAGAAGUGGGGGGUGAAGUGGGAACUCCACCGGCAUGCGGACACGGCGGAGGUGGCAGCGGUGGCCUUGUGUUCACCAGAAUCCGUCCCCAGGUGUAGCUUAGAAGUGUUUCCCAGGAUGAUAAUCGUUGUUGUUUUUAUUGGACUGGGGGGUCUUGAACUGACACAGCUUACCAUUAGGCUGCUCUUGGCUCGGGCUUGACGCUGGGUUUGUGCCAGCACCGCCACACCUGUAGAGUUAGGGCUGGGAAUAAGAAGACUAGUCGAUGAUGGCGGUCCGGCCCGAGUGUCCCAGUACACGGGAGGUCGGCUCUUUACCAGUUCAGUUAUUGAGCGGUGGUGCUCAGACUUGCAGGAUUUCACUUGCUGCGUCCCCUCGUCGUCCGAAGGCCGUGUCACACUGACGUCUAGCGCCGAGGGUGUGUCACAUGAAAGGCCUGCAGUGGCCCCACUCUGACGAGGUGUCACGUGCUGAGAACGCUGGCAUUAGAGCAGGAGCACGGCGGGCGCACCAACCACGGCCACAGUGUGCCCCUGAAACUUCACAGCCAUUUAUAAGACAUGAAUUUGAAUGGGUGUCCCUGUUGGAGUGGACAGCUGGGCUGGCGCUCGAGGAGCCCUCUCGGUGGUAGGGGACACACGGGGGUGGUUGGGAUCUCAGAUGUCCUCUUUAAACACAACGUGACGCCUUUUCUUGGGUGCAGUGGUGGCUGCGUGGAGGUUGAGGAGUCACUUCUGAUGAGCACAUUUGACUUUUUCUGAAGCCCCUCUUGCCCGCGGUCCACUAAAUCUAACAAAACCAUUGGCCGAGGUGCCAGCUUUCAUUGUCGGAUCACCUGAGCUCCGCCUUUGCCAGUUGCCAGGUUCAGUGACAAUUCACCCCUGGCUUUUGGGGGCUGAAAUGUGUCCACGUUCACCGCCGCAGGUCCUCAGGCCCAGGCUGCAGUGAGGCGUUGCCCAAACUCUCUGAGCGGGCUGCCGGCCUGCACUCGCCUAAUGAUAGAAGGACAAGGGGAGGCCUUCAAAAACAGUCACCCGUCCUUUAAAUUAGAGAGUCGCUGUGUAAAGUAAUGACGAGGACCUCAAAUCCAAACGCGCCGGGGAGCUGAAAGUGGAACAGAACGACGACCGGCCAUCUUGUGACCAGCAAUGGGGGUGGAGCUUCACACCAUAAAUGUGCGGAGAUGAAAAGAGCAAAUGUGACAAAACACACACGAGGACGCGCCAGUCAGGGUCUGCCAUCUUGGGGUCCAACCAGGAAGUUGCCGCGGCCGCCAUGCCACUCGACUAACGGAGAGUCCUUCAUCGUACUCCUUGACCAUCCGCUGCUGUGGCACAGACAGUGUGUGGCGAUGCAGUGAAACACUCCGCUCAUUAGACAACACAGUCACAUGGGCGCUAAUCUGACAGCCAAUUGGCUCUCCUCGUGAAUGAAUGCUGCAGAGCAAACUUCUGCUGGUCACCGUCAAUUUGCGUGGCAUGGAGGUCACGUGAUGCUCGGCGUAUAUAAGAUGGUGGCACGCUCCUGCUGAACGUCCCAGCUUUGCAUCCUUGACGUUAUUUUUAGGGGGUUUCUGGGAGGACUUCAGUCCUCGGACAUCACAGGGUAGACAGCUGGUGGACAAUGUGCCCAAUACAGCCGCACGGGAGGACCCGCCGUUACCGCUUAGAUGCCAUCCUGUCCGCUGGCUUACUGUGUUGGGCUUUGAAGCCCCCAACGGAUUGACGUCCCUCACCCCCCUCUGACAUGAGCUCCUGGCUGUGGUGUCGGUGGGCUGAGACAAACCCUGAAGCAUGGAGUUAGCGGCCCCCCGCUGGUGUGUCCCACCACAUUUCAGGCGUCGCCUGUUUUAGCGGUGGGUGCAGAAGAAACCCCUCACUUUUUAAUUUUAAACUGGGCAAAAAUGAGAAAGUGCGAGCCCCCGCAGCACGAGUGGGUGGGCAUUAAAGGGCAGGGCAGCCGACCAAAUUCAGUGGGCGCAUCUGUGGCAGUGGUAGCAUGGGGGGCUCGUACCACCGUGCUGCUUUGACGGAUUGGGAUGAUAAUGAUGGGGUGGGUGACGACGCGGUCCCCUCUUGGUCACUUUACAGGGCACAGACGGGCUGGUGGGCCGCCUUCCGGUCGUGUACAGAUUCCUUUAAAUGACAUUUCUUUGUAUGUUACGCUCUAUUUUUCUAUGUAACUAAAUUGCAAUAAGUUGCUUUUCUAGGCUAUAGAAGUUUUUAUUAAUAUUUGAUUUUUUUAAAGAUACAAAAUAUAAUUUGCCAUUUCUGAAA